AUGGCUGAUUUGGCUCUCCGCACUCGGGAUCAGCCUGAUAUUCGGGCCCGGAUCAGCAUCCACGACGACGAGUCUCCCAAUGAUAUUAAAGAACUCCUGAUUGCCGACCAGACACAGAGAGCUCUGCGUUCCAAACAGUCCUGGACUCCUCCUGAAGCACUGGGAUCUUUGCAUCGAGCUGUGUUACGCAAAACCAGGACGCUUCCUUAUCCUUAUCGACCGGGCCACUUCCACGAUGUCCCCGCCUCGGACCCUCUACCCUGCCCGUUGAAUCGGUCAAACAGUCUCAACUCUCUGUCAACCAUACAACGAGAGACGGAAGCUGCCUCGUUAAGUUUAUACAGAGGGUCACCCAUCUCUGCAAUCAGCCCACCGUGUGCCCCGCCAUCAGCGUCAUUAUGGACACCCGACGUCGACUACGAGCUACAAGACCCAUGCCCACCUCGGCCCACGCUGAGGGUAGAAACCCUCAGUCAGCAACGCAAGCAGCAAAAGCAUCUAAAGAAGCUUAUGAAAAAGGAGGAGAAGGAGCAGCGCAAGGCACAAAAAGAGGAGGAUGAACUACGCCGUCAGACGCUGGCUGCUGAAGUUGCCAGGUCACGGAAGUGGGCGGCGGGAGAUUCGAUCUCACUCCGCUCGAAAAGCACGAGGAGCAUAGCUUCGCAAGUGGUCAAGAGCUUGAGCCUGAAGACUCCAUUGAACAAACUCAGUCGUCAUGUCAGGAGAGACAGGUCGGAUCCGCCGACACUGGACGAUUUCGACAGCAAGCAACAGCUCCGAGACUAUCUCAAUCCUUCUCCUCCACCCCCACCUUCAGAACAAAUCGCUGAGCUCCCUGCCGAACUGCCGGAGUAUACGCCGUUCCAAGACUCGACGAGGAGUGAAAAGAACGAGCCUGUUGCGCUGUUGGAAGAUCCUCGUGCACUGAAAGAAAACAAUGAUUUGUCACCUCUCGAGGAUGACGAUGCAAGAGCGAACGACGCUCCUCCAUCACCAAGAUCGAUGAGGUGCGACUCAUGUAAGAGCCCGAUUCGUCUGCAACAGGUCUACUACCACUGCUCAAUUUGUGACCACGGCGACCGCAUACUGUGUUCCUCAUGCGACCAGGCAGGCUGGAGCUGUCGUCAUAAUCUUACCGAAAGGGUACGGAGUGUAUCUCGCCCAGCUGCUUCUCAGAAAGUCGACGUUGCCAGCAUGAGCGGAGAACAAACUCGGUCAGAGGCACAGCAAUAUGCCACAGCCAUGUGGGGUGUGAACCUGUCAGAUUACCCUGCCCACCAUAAAGGAUUGACCGAGUCUCCUGCUCAAGCAACACUGUCUGCAGAUAGUCCAUGGGCCUACCACGAUAUUCUAGAACAGAAGAAAUCCCAUGAAGCUCAACAGCGGAGCAUACGUCAAUCCCAGAGAGCUCUUGACGCAAAGGAACUUGAUUUCCGCCAACGUGAACGCGAUAUGGUUUUCCGCGAAAAGGAGGUCACCUUGCGGGAACGGGAGGCUGCUAUGCGAGAGCAGCAGGCAUCAAUCAGGGAGCAGGAGGCCGCUCUUCAUGUGAAACAGCAGAUGUUCGCACUACAAGUGCAAUCAGCGGUUGCAAGACAAAUGUCGGUACUAUCCACCGGAGUCGGUGCGCAGUUCCAAGAUCUGUCCCAGAAUGACAAAAUCAGGGCUCACGCCACUAAACGCAAAGCGGGGACAGGCUCCGCGACGGUCUCACCUUCCAAUUCUACCGGCUCGAAUCGUAAGUAUUCACCGAAGCGUACGCCCAAUGGCGGGCAAGAUCCCGAUGAAGACGACGAGGACGCUACAGGGGGCACACCGAAGAAGAUCAAGCAAGACCCCGACUCGGUGGCCACGCCAGGGAAGCUAUUCGCUUGUCCUUUCUGUAGGUUUGACAAAUCGAGAUAUUCGGAACAGAACACGCAGGAGAAACAUUACCGAGGCUGUUCGAGUGGGUACUGGCCCGAUAUUUCGCGACUGAAGCAGCAUCUGUACCGUGUCCAUUGGCGACGGAUCCAUUGUGUGCGGUGCUAUACCAAUUUCAAAAACAAAGACGAAUUGGACCAACAUGUCCGAGGAGCUGCACCCUGUGCUUUUGUCGAAUGUCCAUUCCCAGAGAAGUUUAACGAGGCACAAUACAACGAGAUUCGGCGUAAACGGCCUGCAAGCACUCCUGAACAGGUCUGGUACACAAUCUUCGGUAUCCUGUUUCCAGGGAUGACGCCGCCAACAAGCCCAUACGCCGAUAAUACGGGUGGGCCUUCGGCACUCAGCCCAGGGGCAGAUGAAACCCAGGGCACAAUGGAUGUGCUAGGGGAAGUGUUCGAAUCACGCUUGAAUCAGCUCACGAACGUUCCUGGGCAAGGGUGGCUUCAAUCAGCGGAAGCGCGUCAGCUUAUCCGUGAGCAAUUGAGAGCAUCUAUGGCCGACGUCCUCCAGAGAUUGGGCCAUGUCAACAGUCCUCCUUUAGGGAAUCCGUCUUUUGAAGUAUCGCCCGGCUCAGCCCAGCCAAUGGGUUCAGCUCGCCGCAGCUCAAUCUCUCCUCUAACACCGACAUCUUCCCUCCCCCCUUCACCAGUUCAUGGCUCUGGUUCCACAAGCAAGACUGGGGAUGGCUCGCACUUUCCUUUGCGAUCACGUCCCCAAAGUUUCAGUCGCCCUCGCCCCGUCCCAGCAAGGCCGGCACCACAGACUCCGUCACAACCUGUCGAGACGGCUCAGAUUUUGGAAGAGUCACCCAGUGAGGUGACCUUUCCUGAUCCUCUGGACUUUUAUCUCGAGGAUGACCAGUACGGCAACGAUUGUAUCAGCUGGGGCCCUGACGACGACCACGUUCUUGACAUAACGACGGACACAAUGCUGCCGCCCCUCGACCUAUUCGAGUUUGACUUUACAUCAGAAUUUGAGAAGCUAAACAAAAUGCCGGGUAUAGCAGAACCUCUGCCGCCUUCCAAAUUCAACCCGGUCAAGCUUUCCAGCUUAAAUGAACCCUCUGCGGAAGCGUCGACAAGGGCUUCUGAGCUAAAACCUAAGCAUUCCACAGCGUCAUCUGUCGACUCCGGUUAUGGAAGUCUUGGCCACGCUUCGUCCUCCGCAUCAGCGUCCUCUUGGGCUUGUCCUGGGACACAGACAAAGUCCGAUUCAACACCAAAGGCUAGGAAGAACAAAGGUAAACGAAAAGCACCGGAGUUCCCAAAGGAACCGAGUCCUGUGCCGGAGUCGUCAGUCAACUUUCAGGCUUUGGAUGAGUCAUUCCAGGAUUUUUCGGGCGCCAAUCUGAACUUGAAUCUGGAAGACUUUAUGGAUGAGUUUGACUUUGGAACAGGAAUCGGCGUUGAAAACAUGGGGACCACGGAUCCCUCUGGUGGCCUGGACAUGAGCAACUACUGCGAAUUUUGA